UGUGUGUGUGUGUGUGUGUGUGUGUGUGUGUGUGCUAGGCUAGCUGGAGCAGCAGCUAGCGGCGUGGCUAACAGUGAUGUCCACAGCCUCUAAGGUGGUUCUGGGAGUUUCUGUGGCUCUGACUCUGAGCACGGUGGCCGGUGUGCACCUCAAACAGACCUGGGACCGACAGCGGCUCCACGAGGGCGUGGUGCGGGACCUGGAGCGUCUGCACAGGAAGCAGGAGAACCUGAGGCUGCUGGAGGAGCAGAGGAGCCUGACCAGGCAGCUGGAGGCCCAGAGGGAGCAGGAGAGGAGGCAGGAGGAGCAGAGGAGCUGAGGGAGGAGCUGCUCAUUCAGCGCCGCUGAA